AUGACGCAACACAGCGACGCGUCCAGCGACCGGUCUGAAGUAUCAGUAACUCCACCACCACCAGUUUCCAAAAUGCUUGAAUUCGCCAGUCACCAGAAUCUCAGUUUUCUCAACCUGGAGCACCGUAAUAUGUUAGCAGCUCCGUUGGCGGCCCUUCAUUCUAUGACAGAAAUGAAAAAUCAUCAAACACAUCUCAACUCCGAACAUCUUCAUGGCCAAGAAAAAAGUGAUGCCGACGUCUUGCUAGAACGUACAAGUUUACACGUAGAACGGUCAGGCUUGACGUCGAGAAGUCCCUUAGGUGCCACAAGCAAUAGCAACAGUUCUCAAGGGGCUAAUCCUCAUGGCAUUGACCAUAUAUUGUCAAGGCCUUCUCAAAUUACAACUGGCCCCUUGCAUUUCCCACAUAAUCUCGGUUUUACGCAGAAUACACUAAGUAUGGCCUCUAACAGCGCUCAGAGUGCUUCUAAUUCUGGAUUGCGUGGAUUUAACAUUGCCGCCGCUGCCUUUUUCCACCAUCAUGCCGCUAAUUCUGUCAACAAACCUCCUGUAGAGCUGGCAAGAGGUGCUGGAGGCCUUUACUGGCCUGGUGGAAUACAAGGUCUGAAUCCUAUGUCAUGGAGGGAUCGUCUUAGUAGCAUGAAUCAAGGUAACAUGGGAGGUAUAGGAGGUGAUAAAGAUACGAAAAAGAAACACACGAGGCCUACUUUUUCCGGUCAACAAAUAUUCGCGUUAGAAAAAACUUUUGAACAAACCAAAUAUCUUGCCGGCCCGGAAAGGGCGAAAUUAGCGUAUGCCUUAGGAAUGACGGAAUCACAAGUAAAGGUAUGGUUCCAGAACCGAAGGACUAAAUGGAGGAAAAAACACGCGGCGGAAAUGGCAACCGCAAAGCGGAAACAGGAAGUGCUCGAUAACCAAACAGAUGAAAAUAGCGACAUAUUAUCAGAUAAUGAAGAAGAACAUGUAUCAAAACGGCAGAACUUACAAUGAGAAUUUUAUAACUAAUGUGAAGUUAAGACUUGUUUUGUAAAUAUAAAUUAGUGAUCUCAAU